GCAGCAGGACUCACAAGCAUAUCAGUUACACUCCCACUCCCAGAGGGAUGAAUUCCCCUGCAGUUCAGUUGUAUCAAUGGGCAGGCCAUGUUGAUGACAAGUAUCAAUAUUCUAGCGACAACAAGGAUUGUCGUGUGCAUGGAUGGAUUUCAACAAAGUUGCAUACCGGGUUUUGGGUAAUCACACCAAGCAACGAAUUUAAAAUGGGCGGGCCCGUUAAGCAAGACCUCACUUCCCAUGCCGGCCCAAUUUCCCUAUCCAUGUUUUUUAGCACUCAUUAUGCUGGAGUGACUUCAGUAAUAUCAUUUGGAGAAGGCGAAACGUGGAAAAAAGUGUUUGGGCCCGUUUUUAUCUACGUGAACUCGGUUUCAAGAAGUGAAGACCCACUUAAACUUUGGGCCGACGCUAAGGAACAGAUGUUCAUAGAAACACAAAGCUGGCCAUAUGAUUUCCCGGCCUCGGCUGACUUCCUUCCAGCCGAGCAGCGUGGAGGAGAAAUUAAGAUUGGACAUAUUACAUUUGAGCCUCCGAGAAUUGGGCCUACAGUGUGGGAAAUCGGCAUUCCUGACCGUACGGCUGCUGAAUUCUUCGUGCCCGAUCCAAAUCCAGGACUCAUGAACCAAUUAUACCUUGACCAGGCAGACAAGUUCAGACAGUACGGAUUGUGGGACAGCUACACAAAUUUAUACCCAGAUCACGAUUUAGUCUACACGGUAGAAACGUGCAAUUACCAGACAGAUUGGUUCUUUGCUCAAGUUAACAGGAAAACUGGCAAAACAUACAAACCAACAACAUGGACAAUUAAGUUCAACCUAACAAACGUCGUGAAUGAUUCAUCUGCAAGCUACACCCUCCGAAUUGCAUUGGCAUCCGCUACUGAUGCUGAAUUACAGGUACGGAUAAAUGAUGCGUCAAAAGCGCCAUUUUUUAGCACGGGUUUGAUAGGGAAGGACAAUACAGUUGCUAGGCAUGGAAUUCAUGGGUUUUAUUGGCUAUUUACUGUGAAUAUACCGGCUUCUAUGCUAUUUGCUGGCUCUACGAACGCUAUCUACUUGACUCAAUCGAGAGCAUGGAUUCCGUGGAGGAAUGUCAUGUAUGAUUGUCUACGUCUCGAAGCUCCUUAUACGAACAAUACUGAUAUGGACAAGGCAAGAAGCCGCUUGAUGUUGUUAGGAUGGCUUGCAAUUCAUUGUGUUUCAUUCUUCCUUGUUGACUCUGUUGCAGAUAAUGUGACUGGAAACAGCCGUAAAUGCUCAUCUUCUUCAGUCAAGCUCCGUAUAUCACAUGACCAUGUUGUGAUGGAUAAUGGCAUCGUUAAACUCGAGUUAACAAAACCAUCCGGUUUGAUCUCAGGCAUAUCAUAUGGUGGAGUCAACAAUGUCCUCGAAUACAAGAAUAAAGAAACACAAAGAGGGUAUUGGGAUAUUGUAUGGAGUAGGCCAGAGAUAAACCAAAGCAAUUUCGACAUGCUCCACAGCACUAGUUUCAAGGUCAUAUCACUAACUAAAGAGCAAUUAGAAGUUUCGUUUAAUAUAACAUGGAACGUGUCCCUUGGCGUAAGUGGUCUUCCUCUCAAUAUAGACAAAAGGUUCAUAAUGCUUCGAGGAGUUUCAGGAUUCUACUCAUAUGCAAUAUUCGAACACAAGAAAGGUUGGCCUGAUCUGAACAUUGAUGAAGCAAGAAUCGCGUUUAAGCUUGACAAGAACAUCUAUGUGCACGGUUGGAUAAGUUCGAACCGACACAUAGGAUUUUGGGUCAUUACGCCAAGUGAUGAGUUUCGAGCUGGUGGCCCUGUUAAACCUGAUCUUACUUCUCAUGCUGGGGAAGAAACUCAAAUACAUGAGCUUGUGUAUAAUCCUCCAAGAAAUGGUCCCACUCUAUGGGAAAUCGGGAUUCCUGAUCGAACGGCUUCUGAGUUCUACAUUCCCGAUCCUGCCCCUGAGUUUAUGAACAAUUUAUACAUCAAACAUCCUGAAAAGUUCAGACAAUAUGGUUUAUGGGACAGAUACACAGAUUUAUACCCUACAGAUGAUCUCAAGUAUCUUGUUGGGGUGAGCGAUUUUCGGAAAGACUGGUUUUUCGCUCAUGUCAACAGGAAGGCAGACAAAAAGAAGUAUAUGCCGACAACAUGGCAAAUUUCAUUUUACGUGAAAAAUGUCGUGAGGAAUGAAAACUACACGCUCAGGCUUGCUCUGGCUUCUGCCACCUUAGCUGAAAUACAAGUGAGGGUGAACGAUCCGAAUAAAAAGCAACCCCAUUUUACGACAGGACGGAUAGGAAAGGACAAUGCGAUUGCAAGGCAUGGAAAUCACGGGAGGCAUUGGCUUUAUAGUGUUAAUGUAAUGGGAUCCCAACUUGUGAAUGGAAAUAACACAAUCUAUCUAAAGCAAGCGAGAGGCGGAAGUCCUUUUACGGGAGUUAUGUAUGAUUACAUUCGUCUGGAGGGCCCGUCA